AUGAACAAAAAUUGGAACGACAGGGCCGACAAGGACCUUUUCUUCACCAUCCUCUCCGUCAAGAACAUUGGCGUCAUCAGCGGCUCAGAAUGGACCACCAUCGGCAACCACAUGCGCACCCUGGGCUAUGGCUUUACAAACGAGGGCUGUCGGCAACACUUCCAAGGUCUUCGCCGUGCCCAACACAAAGCUGAGACCAACGGAGGCAGCCCGGACAACCCUCGGAAGCUUGAUCCCACCACAAAUCCGAUUACCCGUCGUCCUGGACCAGGUCGCGGAAGGCCCAAGAAACAGCCUCAACAGCCUGCCCCAAUGCAGCUUCCUGCUCUUUCUAACCAGCCCAGCCAAGUCGCUCAGCCCGGUCAAGUCGUCCAGCCCGGCGAAGUCGUCCAGCCCGGCGAAGUCGUUCAACCCGGCCAAGUCAUUCAACCCGGCCAAGUCAUUCAGCCAGGCCACCCCGGUCAGCUUGGACCUGACCAAGGACUUCAAGCCGACCAAUCUACCCAACCUGAACAUCAACCCGACCACCAGCAUGAUCAUCAGCCCGACCUCCAUCAGCCCGAUCCCCAUCAGUUAGACCACCAGCCCGACCAUGGUCAGUCCAUUCAAAACGAUCAAUCACAUCAACAACCAUCUGUAAUAUCCGAUGACCUCGGUGCUUUGCCGGAAUCUUUGGAUCUCCCUCUCAAGGAGGACCCUCUCGACAUAUCCCUUAAGGAAGACAACGAUGACGAGCAGGACGGCCACGAUGCUAAGAGAAUCAAGCUCGACAACCCCCCUCACGAUCCUUCCCUUGUUGAUGAUGAAGCCGUAUUAGCUUUGGCCGCCCACAGUGAGGCUCCUUCUGUCGAUGGCUAUGCUUCUGAAUAUCCAACAGCUGGUCUAACGGGGACGGACCCGCACAGCUUCACCUAUAAUGGCGAGACAUAG